GGGUGUGACCCAAUUUUUACCUGCAAUAAAAAGACAAACAUCUAUAGCAGACACACCUGCCACAGAGUUUCUCCUUCAACUUACGCACGUCAGGACCUCUGUUGGUUGCCAUGGGAGACACAGCAGACUUCAGUUUGAUGGACCCCAUCAACGAGGAGUUUCUGAAUAAGCGCAGCGAUGAGAAGGCCCAGAUGCAGCUGCUGAACAAUCGCUUUGCCGCCUACAUCGAGAACAUCCGCUCCCUGAAGAAGCAGAACCACAAACUGACGUUGGAGGUGGAGAGUCUGCGAAGUUACACGUCAACAAGCCUCACUGAAAUGCGUACGGAGGAGAUGAGCAAGCUGAAUAAGGAGAAGGAUAGCUUAACCAGUGAAGUAACGUCCCUGAAGGUGGAGCGAGACAGACUUAAAACCAGUUUGGAUCAGGAGACUCGUUUAAAAUUGGAAGCAGAAAAAGCCUGUGAUGAUUUGAAAGUGGAGCUGGAAGCAGAAAAACAAAAACUGAAGAAUGAGACCGAUGAACUGCAGAGACAGAUCAAGCUCAAUAAAAAGGUUCAUAAACAGGAACUCACUGAGCUGAAGACGACGGUCCUGAAAGGAGUCUCUACUGACCAGACAGACAUGACCAAAUCAGAACUUACAGCGGAGCUAGAAAAUAUCAGGAAACAAUAUGAAGGCAUUGCUGCUGAGAACAUCGCUAAGGCUGAGAAGUUGUACAACAACCAGAUCACGGAAAUGGACAAGACAGUUAGCACAAACAAGGAAGAGCUGUCAAUGGCCAAUAAGAAGAUCACAGAGUUAAAUGUCCAUAUCAAUGAAUUAACCUCUACGAUCACUUCACUUAACACCACUAUAAAUGACAUGAAGGACCACCAGAGACAAGAAAAGGAGAAGCUGGAGUCCAAAAUUGCCAAAAUGAAGGUAGAGAUGGCUAACCAAUUGUGCAAUUAUCAGAAAUUGCUCUGCGUCAAGAUGGAACUGGAUAUGGAGAUCAGCUGUUACAGGAAGCUACUGGAAGAGGAGGAAGUCAGGAUUGGCGUGUCAAAACAAGACAACUCAGCCCCGAGUAAAACAGACUUGAAUCAAGGGAAAGGACAGCUUGAGAUACACGUUUCCUCCAUCGAACAGUCUUCAGAGACAAAAAGCAGCAUCCAGACAAUAAUUAAUGAUAAUGUUACCAGGACUUCCAGUAAAGGGGAAUUGAACUCCACCAGGAGUAAUUCAGACAUCAACCAAGGAGAUGGACAUGCUGGGAUGACACCUGCUCCCACCAGUGAAAAGUCUUCAGACACAAAAACCAACAUCAUCAAGACAGCAACAACAGAGAUUACCACGACCUCCACAAAAGGGGACUUGAACUUCACCAGAAGUAACUCAGCCGUCAGCCAAGGAGAAGGACAUCCUGGGGUGACACCUGCUCCCACAAGUGAAACGAAGUCGCCACCGAAGGAGAAGCCUAGCGGGUCUUCCAAAACGGAGGACCAAAAGUCGACACCAAAGAACCCAGAUCCCAGCCCAAAAUCUUCAAGUGCGGUCUUUAAAAAUCUCAAAGGUCUUAUGAAAAAGCAAUGAGCCAUUGCAGCACACAAGAAGAGACACAUCUGUUCCCACUGAGA